GGUGAAGGAAAGAGAGAAAACAACCUAAUUUUGGGUAACUAGUUUAUUCGAUAUACUCAGCUUUGAGUAAAAUCGACCCAAAAAUUAGGUAGUUUGAUUUCUCCGUGUAGGUAUUUCAGAGCAUUUUUGCUCGUUCUUUUAGGUUCUUUUGAGCCGUGUCAUAUUAUCUAGAUGGCCAUGGAAACGAGUUCAAUUUCUGUCCGGUAAACACUGUCAUCGACAUCACACAAACGUCAAUUUAAACUUGUUCACAACUCCAUCGAGCUCCAACGCAGUAACGAUUCCCUAAUAUUGACAGUCAUUACUGUUUUUGUCAACGGGAAAGCCAUAUGGAUUUCUGUGAGCCGGAAGUAGUUUCCUGCACGAUGAAAGGUCAUCUGGAUCUUGUAGCACUGCAUCAGAAUCUGUCGUUGCCAGCAGCAGCCCAAUCGCUAUCGCUGAAUUUCAAUGACAGUCGAAUGCAAGACGACUCACUCCUGGGAUGUUCCCUUUCAUCCAUCGAGGUCAGUCAGGAAAGCACAAGCGAUCGGCAAACUUGUUGCUGCCGGCAUAAAUCCACUGAUAAAAGGAUCCAGCAACUGGAGCAUGAGAAUACCGAACUGCGAUCGCUACUGGAGCAACUGCUGACGGAAACGAAACACCAAAUGGAAGAGAUGAAUCGGCACCAGAUAGAAAUCGAAUGCCUCCGAGAACAGCGAGCGAUGUUGCUGGGAGGACCGCUGCACAAAUUUCCCAACGGACAAAGACUCAAAGACUGUUUCGGUGAGGAGUUGGAAACGAUUGGGUUAGAGGAACAUGAACCGCUGAGAAUGUUUAUAGUAAACGGGAGAUUCAGGUUCGAAGAAAUGCGAAAGUGGAAGCGGUAUGGCGAAAAGGAUCGGAAGUCGUCCGUCCGAAGGUAUCAUAUGUGAUGUUUCUGAAUUGGUAUGGAAAUUCCGUAAGUAAUAAAAAUUAGCAAUGCAACAAACCUUGCAUAGAAA